UCACAGCAAAGAGCAGAAAAAUAAGGAAAGUAGAGAGACAGAGAGAGAAACAAAAUUAGGGCGCCAAUUUUAACCCUGUCGACCACAUUUUGGCGCUCUAAAAUCCCGAAUUUCUCUCUCUCAACAUCUCUUACUCUCUCUUUAUAAUCCCCAUUUUUACUUUCUCUCUCUGUAUAAAUCUCUCCGUCUCUCUGUCAAGGAAUCUCUCAUUUUCUCUUUUUAAGUGAAAAAAUAAUGGUGAAACCAGCGGAGCAGGUAGCUGUAGGAGGUGGAGGAGGGUCGCAAGUAAGAUGUGCAGGAUGUAAAAUGAUAUUAUCAGUAGCAUCAGGAAUGGUUGAAUUUAUAUGUCCAAGUUGUCAAUUACCACAAAGAUUACCGCCUCAACUUCUUCUUAUGAGAAAUAGUAGUAAUAAUAGUCAUUUACAACAACUACCACCAAUUCAAACUCAUGGGAUUGAUCCAACUAAGAUUCAACUUCCUUGUGCUCAUUGUAAAGCUAUACUUAAUGUACCACAUGGUUUGUCUAGGUUUUCUUGUCCACAAUGUGGUAUUGAUCUUGCUGUUGAUCUUACUAAGAUCAAACACCUUAAUCAACUUCCUCUUCCACAUCAACUUGAAGACGUUAACGAGGUGGCUGUAGAUGUGGAGCGAGAAGAAGACGAAGGUGGCUUGGCUGGAGAAACAUUUACAGAUUAUCGUCCUCCCAAGGUAUCAAUUGGUCCUCCUCAUCCAGAUCCUGUUGUGGAAACAUCAUCUUUGUCAGCAGUGCAGCCACCGGAACCUACAUAUGACCUGGAAACCAGGGAGAACUUGGAGAGUUCAAAAUCAUUAUCUUGCUUGCAGAUUGAGACAUUAGUCUAUGCUUCUCAGAGACACCUUCAGCACCUAGAAGGUGGUGCUAGGGCAGGAUUUUUUAUCGGCGAUGGAGCUGGUGUGGGUAAAGGUCGAACAAUUGCUGGAUUGAUAUGGGAGAAUUGGCAUCAUGGGAGGAAAAAAUCACUGUGGAUCUCCGUGGGGUCAGACCUGAAGUUUGAUGCACGGAGAGAUUUGGAUGACGUUGGUGCCACAUGUAUUCAAGUGCAUGCAUUGAACAAGCUCCCUUACUCUAAGCUUGAUUCGAAGUCCGUUGGCAUAAAGGAGGGAGUUGUUUUCCUGACAUACAGCAGCCUCAUAGCAUCAUCUGAGAAAGGACGUUCUCGUCUCCAGCAGCUUUUGCAGUGGUGUGGGUCAGAAUAUGAUAGUCUGGUGGUGUUUGACGAGUGCCACAAAGCUAAGAAUUUAAUUCCUGAAGCUGGAUCACAACCAACUCGAACAGGAGAAGCAGUUCUUGAGCUUCAGGAUAAACUUCCGGGAGCUCGAGUAGUUUAUUGCUCAGCCACUGGUGCAUCAGAACCUCGAAAUAUGGGUUACAUGGUCAGACUUGGGCUUUGGGGGGUGGGAACAUGUUUCCCUAACUUUCGUGAUUUUUUAGGGGCUCUCGAUAAAGGUGGUGUUGGAGCACUAGAACUUGUUGCCAUGGACAUGAAGGCCAGGGGUAUGUAUGUUUGUCGCACACUCAGCUACAAGGGUUCUGAGUUUGAAGUUGUUGAAGCCCCGCUAGAUGUAGAAAUGAUGAAUUUGUACAAGAAGGCUGCAGAAUUUUGGGCAGAACUGCGGGUGGAGUUACUGUCAGCAAGUGCAGUUCUUUGUGAUGAAAAACCUAAUUCAAGUCAAUUGUGGCGUUUGUACUGGGCUAGUCAUCAGCGUUUCUUUAGACACAUCUGUAUGUCAGCGAAGGUACCUGCUGCUGUACGGCUGGCUAAGCAAGCGCUCCUAGAAAAUAAGUGUGUGGUGAUUGGACUUCAAAGUACCGGAGAAGCACGGACUGAGGAAGCAGUGACAAAAUAUGGAUCUGAAAUGGAGGAUUUUGUUUCUGGUCCUCGUGAACUCUUGCUAAAAUUUGUGGAAGAGAAUUAUCCUUUGCCUCAACAUCCUGACAUGUUACCAGGCGAGGAUGGGGCUAAGGAUCGGCGAAAGCGGAACUUAGCAGCUCCUGGUGGUGUUUCAUUAAAAGGGAGAGCACAAAAAGUAGCGAAGCGAGCUCCGGCUGAAGCUGAAAGUGCAUCACAAUCCGAGUCUGAUCAGGACUCCACAGAUUCCGAUGAUGAUGAGUUCCAGAUCUGUGAUAUUUGUAACUGUGAAGAGGAAAGGAAGAAGUUGUUUCGUUGUUCUUGUUGUGGCCAACUAGUCCACCCUGCGUGUUUAGUACCACCAAUGAUAGGUGUGGUGGUGCCUGAGGAUUGGUCAUGUCAUUCGUGCAAGCAAAAGACAGACGAGUAUCUUCUUGCACGAGAUGUUUAUCUAGCUGAAAUGCGGAAGAGGUACGAAGCUGCUUCUGACCGCAAAUCAAAAAUAUUGGAUAUUAUUCGUUCUUUAAAUCUUCCAAACAAUCCGCUGGACGAUAUAAUUGAUCAGCUAGGAGGUCCUGAUAAUGUUUCAGAGAUCACAGGCAGACGUGGCAUGCUUGUCAGGGCUUCCAAUGGCAAAGGUGUCGUCUAUCAGGCUCGGAACACAAAGGAAGUAGCCAUGGAAAUGGUGAAUAUGCACGAGAAGCAACUUUUCAUGGAAGGCAAAAAACUGGUUGCCAUUAUUUCUGAAGCUGGGUCUGCUGGUGUUUCUUUACAGGCAGACAGAAGGGUAACUAAUCAGAAAAGAAGAGUUCAUCUUACUCUGGAGCUACCUUGGAGUGCGGACCGUGCAAUACAGCAGUUUGGAAGAACACAUCGGUCAAAUCAAGCUUCUGCACCAGAAUAUAGGCUUUUGUUCACAAAUCUUGGAGGCGAACGUAGGUUUGCAUCUAUCGUUGCGAAGAGGUUGGAGUCUCUUGGAGCUUUAACUCAGGGAGACCGCCGGGCUGGACCGUUGCUGAGUGCUUACAAUUAUGACAGUGGUUACGGGAAAAGGGCCCUUAUGAUGAUGUACAAAGGAAUAAUGGAACAGGAAGCUUUACCAGUUUUACCUCCUGGGUGUUCUCCUUUGAAGCCAUAUAUGGUUCAAGAUUUUAUUAUCAAGGCGAAAGCUGCUCUUGUAUCCGUGGGAAUAGUUAGAGACACAAUUCUUGGUAAUGGAAAGGUCUCUGGAAAAAUCGUAGAUUCAGACAUGCACGAUGUUGGUCGUUUCCUUAAUAGACUCUUGGGCUUGCCUCCUGAUAUUCAAAAUAGGCUAUUUGAAUUAUUCAUCAGCAUCCUUGAUCUUCUUGUUCAGAACGCACGCUCUGAAGGACAAUUUGACUCGGGAAUAGUUGACAUUAAAGCUAAUGUUGUUGAGCUACAGGAAACACCAAAGACUGUUCAUGUGGAUCGGAUGUCUGGGGCAUCCACUGUACUGUUCACCUUCACUUUAGAUCGUGGAAUCACAUGGGAGUUUGCAAAUUCCUUGCUUGCCGAGAAGCAAAAGGGUGAGCAUGAUUCAAGUGAUGAUGGAUUCUAUGAGUCUAAGAGAGAAUGGUUAGGAAGAAGACAUUUUCUAUUAGCAAUUGAAGGUUCCACAUCAGAAGCUUAUAAAAUGUUCCGCCCUGCUGUUGGAGAGGCAUUGAGAGAAAUGCCCCUGAAGGAGUUAAAUAGCAAGUACAGAAAAUUAUUGUCACUAGAGAAGGCACGUAAAGGCUGGGAAGAUGAGUAUGAAAUUUCUUCUAAACAGUGUAUGCAUGGCCCCAACUGUAAGAUGGCAAACUUCUGUUCUGUGGGUAAAAGACUACAGGAAGUCAACGUGUUGGGUGGACUUAUUCUUCCUGUUUGGGGCACUAUAGAGAAGGCCCUCGCUAAACAGGCUCGUAAUAGUCAUAAACGACUCCGUGUUGUGCGUAUAGAGACCACAACAGAUAACCAGCGAAUCGUCGGGCUCCUUGUUCCCAAUUCUGCUGUUGGAUCCGUGCUUCAAGAUUUAGCAUGGGUGCAAGAAGUUGAUGAUUGAAACCGCAAACAACAUGUUUUGUAUAAUUUACAGUUUUCAUUUUUGGGCCAGUAGUCCCAAUCUGCGGAUAAAGAGGCAUUACUUGGACGAAACAAUGACUGAAUGUUCCAUUACAUCUUCCAUUACGACGGAAACCAGGAAGAGCAAAAUAUACAUUGCCAAAGUUCUAUAUAGAAGAUACUACUAGGUUAUCAUUUUUGUUAAGUAUUGGUCUCUAUCCUAAAAUAUUGUAUAUAUUAUCAUCAUAUGUGCAGAUUAUGAAAGUACAACCGUUUUCCGUG